AGCUAUCUCAUUUGCUGCCUGCAUCACGUGAGGCUGUGCUUCAGGAAGGGUGGAGCUGCUCUAAAUACCCUGCAUCAGAUCUUCCCAGAACACAUCCAAACUCCAGACCACGGAGUCUGUUCCUCGAUUCUCUGGGUUUGGUGCUCCUCCAUUUUGGAGCCAUGGAAUUUUCCCAGGCAUUCAUCUUGGCCUCUAAUGUGGCUUCCAAGAUACUGUCGGCAGGGAGUCUGGCCACAGUGGGUGGGGCAGCCUCUGGUGGUAUCCUGGCAGGACUCCCUUCAGUGGGGCUCCCCGUGUCUGCCAACGCUGCCCUGGCUGGGGCCACAUCAGCCCUGGGAUCCUUGAUGGCAACACUGAAUGGCUCCUACCUGCUAGGAGCCCCUGCUGCGGCCCUGGCUUCCCCACUAGGAGCCAAGGCUGCUGUAGCUGCAGUAGGAGGAGCCCUGGCCGUGGGCGCUGUGCCGGUGGUGCUGGGUGCUGUGGGCUUCACCGGGGCAGGAAUCACUGCCUCCUCCUUAGCGGCCAAGAUGAUGUCAGUGGCCGCCAUCGCCAACGGGGGCGGAGUUGCCUCUGGAAGCCUGGUGGCAACUCUGCAGUCUGUGGGUAAGUGUCGGUGGGUAAGUAUCACUGGCAGGGCUUGCUGUUGGGGGUGAGGGAGAAGGACAAGGGCCUCAGAGCAUCCAGCCCAGAUCUUAGCCCUGGUGAGCCCCAGUCUGCCUGUUCCUUUGUCUCACCCUCCAUGGUUUCCUUCUCUCUCUGGGUUCUUCUGAGGGGGAUGGAGGAGGGUAGGAAGGGGCUCUGGCCUGGCAUGUGCUGGGUUUAGACUGACUCUGCCCAAGGCCAUCUUUCUGGGUUAACUUGGGUGUCUCUGUCCCACCCGGGGUUCAGCCUUCUUCCCUGCGGAGGGAGGCAGCUCCCAGCUCUGUUUCACCACCAGGGUCAUGCCUUCUCAGCAGCUGCCUGCGGCAGCCCUCCCACAACAGAGAUCCUGGGGGUUUGAGGAACCGGAGGAGGUUCAGGUGGGAUGGAUCUCUGGGCCUGAGGCCCUCCGGAGGGGCCCUGGAGUUCUGUCCUGCAAGCUGUCCAGCCUGCCCAACCCACUCUACUCACCCUCUGCUUCUGCCCCAUGUGCAGCUGGACUCUCCCUGUCGUCCAAAAUCCUUGUGGGCUCUGCUGGGUCUGCCCUUCUGCCCCUCAUAGUGGGCUUGAAAUAGCUCCUGCCACUCCCUCUGCAGAGAUGAGGACUGGGUGGGACCCUGCCUGCCAGCCUGAUGCAGCGUGGGAACGGUUUUGGGGUGGGGGAGACAUGAUGACAAAUGCUGCAUCCCCAGAGGAAAAUAAGAAAUAAAACUGAGUUGUUGUAAC